AUGUCUAACUCCACAGCAUCAACAACCACGACGGACCCCACGGACCUCACUGAAGUCAGCGCUCUUCUUUGGGAGGCCAUGGGCGCCAAAGGAAGUAUACCAGUUUGGUGGGCGGCCUUGGCAGCGGUCUUUCAGGCUAUGCUGGUCUCAGAACUGAUCAACAAGACUUCCGACUGCCACCACUACUUUCGCAAAACCGAUAGCAGAAUUCUCAGGAUCGCGAUUGCCGUUGGAACAACCGUCAACGUUGUCGCGCUGGCGCUGUCUUGUUCUCAGAUCUACCUCUGCGUUUACGGUCUCACUGAGCACCCUUUUACAUUCCAUCGGGAUCUCGUUUUUAUCGACAUGGUCAUCAUGCUCAUGGGCUCCCUCUUCAAUGCCGCUACCGGAUCGUAUUACGCGCUCAGAUCGUACAGAAUGUCGGGGAAGCAGUGGUGGGUACCGGCGAUCUUUGCAAGCGGUCUAGUAGCUCAAGUGGUAGCGUCGUCCGUUGCUGUUGCUCAUGGAUUCCAAUUUCCUCUCUUGACUGUUGACGCCUUGCCGAGGGUCGGAGCCUGGACACUCGAAACAAAGAAGUUGUUUAAAGUCUGGAUUGCGAUCACCAUUACGUGCGAUGGGACUUUGUUUCUGUUUAUGACGUUCUUGCUGUUCCGAUCGAAAGACAGCAUCUUUCAUCAGCAAAAGAAACUCUUCACGAGGCUGGUUGCUUUGCUUUACGAAACCAUGCUUCCUCCAGUCAUUUCGCUUGUCGUAUUGGGCGCGACCAUGUCUGAGCCUGGCAACCCGAUGUUCGACUAUCGCCAUAUCUGCACAUCCCUUCUCCCAGCUCUCUACUGGAACUCUUAUCUCCAUACGCUUGUUGGCCGUCAGACUGUGCGCAACAUCCUUGACGCCCGGCUAGCAGCCGACGGGGUGGAGAGACUUUCUGGCGCGGGCGGUCUCAGCUCAGAUGGAGGUAGGGUGAAGCCGCGUCUGACCAGGAGCUUCGGCAUGGUGGACAGUAAUGGGGAAAACUUACGCAUAGGCAUAUUGAAUAAGGAUCGGGAGAGGGCGCGAGAGCUGAUGACUCCGCCUUUGAUUCAAGUGGACACUGUCGUGACGACUUCAGUCUCUCCAAUUGAUACUUCAGACGUAUAUAAACGCCCAUCAGUCAAUCGAGGUCCCUGGGUCGACGAAGAGGGCAGACACCAUGACGGAGAUAGUACGAUUAGCUUCAGUAACGACACCAUUGCUCUUUCCGCAGGGGAUGUCAACGAGGUCAAGUGGUCAGCUGCGUGA